AGCAAGAUGGCGGCCGUCGUAGAAAGAGUAGAUGGAUGUGUUGGGUCGUUGGACUCAGAUACGGUGUCACCGAGGCAGUCCAGCCCUCCACCGGACCAGCCGCACCAGAACAACCCGCUGUUGGGACUGCCCAUUGUGGCCAUUGAGACAAUUCUCAAUUUUCUGUCUUACGAUGAAAUCAGCCUGCUGCGCUCGGUGUGUAAGCGUAUGGACAUGAUCUGCCAGCGUGUCCUGAAUCAGGGCUUCCUCAAGGUGGAGCGUUACCACAGUCUGUGCCAGAGGCAAGUCAAAGCCCAGCUGCCCAGGCGAGAGUCAGAGAGGAGAAACCAUUCGCUGGCCCGUCAUGCUGACAUCCUAGCUGCCGUAGAGACACGCCUGUCUCUGCUCAACAUGACCUUCAUGAAAUAUGUCGACUCCAACCUCUGCUGCUUCAUCCCAGGAAAGGUGAUAGAUGAGAUUUACCGCGUGCUGCGCUAUGUGAAUUCCACUCGGGCGCCCCAGCGAGCUCAUGAGGUCCUGCAGGAGUUGAGGGAUAUCUCCUCCAUGGCCAUGGAGUACUUUGAUGAGAAGAUUGUCCCUAUCCUGAAGAAGAAGCUUCCAGGAGCUGAUCUGUCCGGCCGCCUUAUUGGCUCUACACCAGUGGCAGGUCCUUCUACCUCCCUGACCACCAUGUCCCUGCUGGCCAAGAACACACCAUCCCGCUCUGAGAUGACCAAGGUGCAGCAGCAGGUAAAGGUGAAUGGGGCGUCAAUGACAGUACUGCGAAGGGAAAUGCAGGAAAUUCGUGUCAAGCAGCUGGAGCAGCAGAAACAGCUGCAGGACCAGGAGCAGAAGCUGCUGGAACAGACCCAAGUGAUCGGUGAGCAGAAUGCCCGCCUUGCCGAGCUGGAACACAAGCUUCGUGAACUGAUGGACAGUAGUGCUGCUGCUAUGGGAGGACCCAGGCCCGGCACAGCUGCCCCCUCUACAUCUAGCAGCACGGCUGUGUCUUCUACUGUUGCUAGCACAUCUGGUACUGUGUUGGCAAGUGGCAGUUUGGCAGCAGCCUCUCUACCCAGAGAGCCAGAGGGUGAGGGAGGGUCGUCACUCAAACGUACCAGAAAGAGCUCAGACCUUCCACGACAGUCCAAACGGCUUCGCAGCAAGAAAUAAGAGACUCUGUGUGCCAUUGAGUUCAAGUUUUGUUUUUGGUUUUGAGCUCUGACUGAUUACACCUUCUCCUCAAUUCUCUGUGUCACCAACCAC